UGUCCUCCCCGGCCGAGUCCUGGGUCCGAGCCCUGGCCUCGACUCCGCCCCCUCAGCGCGCAUCCCCUCCACGCCCUGAAUGGGGUGACAGUGGCCGAAGACCCCGGCUUGAGAGGAGGGGCUGGGCCAGCGAAGGACUCCUGCCACCCGAGUGCCCCGCAGGGCUCUGCCAAGGAUACUUGGAAACCAGCCUCCAUCCCCAGCCUUCCUUAGCAUCCUCCUCACCCGCCCGGUGCAGCCCCCCUCUUCCCAACAGCCCCUAUCUUGUGCUUGAGCCCCACCCCCACCCCACUCCAUCCUCAGCCUGACCCUUUUCUUGUCGAUCUCCCUCAUUUCCACCCAUCUCAGUCCCUCUCCCAUCCAUCUGAACCUUUGCCUCACCUCUCCAGCCAUCCUCUCCUCACUGCACUCAGCAAACCAGCCCUCCACCUCCCUUCCAUCCUUGGGUCUUCUCCAUCUUCUUGUGCUCUUCUCCCCUCCUCCACCAUCUCCCUCUCCCACCAUACUGCUCCCGCUCAUUUAUCCAUUCAUUCCCUCACUCAACAAACAUUCACUGAGACCUCCUCUGUGCAGGCCCCAUGCUCCAGGCACAGAGAGAGUCAGAGCCCAUCCUGCCUUGGGGAGCUCCAUGGGCUGGCAGGGGACAGACCCUGAGGGCCCGCAGCACUGACAGCCUGGAUGGCCCGGGAGAGGGCUCAGUGCAGCCUGUUCCCCCUGGGGGGCCAAGUGUGAAAGGGAAGCCUGGGAAGAGACUCUCGGCUCCUCGAGGUCCCUUCCCCCGGCUGGCUGACUGUGCCCAUUUCCACUACGAGAACGUUGACUUUGGCCACAUUCAGCUCCUGCUGUCUCCAGAGCGUGAAGGCCCAAGCCUCUCUGGAGAGAAUGAGCUGGUAUUUGGGGUGCAGGUGACCUGUCAGGGCCGUUCUUGGCCAGUUCUCCGUAGUUAUGAUGAUUUCCGUUCCCUGGAUGCCCACCUGCACCGGUGCAUAUUUGACCGGAGGUUUUCCUGCCUUCCAGAGCUCCCUCCGCCCCCAGAGGGUUCCAGGGCUGCCCAGAUGCUGGUACCAUUGCUGCUGCAGUACCUGGAGACCCUGUCUGGACUAGUGGACAGUAACCUCAACUGUGGGCCUGUGCUCACCUGGAUGGAGCUGGACAAUCAUGGCCGGCGACUGCUCCUCAGUGAGGAGGCCUCGCUCAAUAUCCCUGCAGUGGCUGCUGCUCACGUGGUCAAACGGUACACAGCCCAAGCACCAGAUGAGCUCUCCUUUGAGGUGGGAGACAUUGUCUCAGUGAUCGACAUGCCACCCACAGAGGAUCGGAGCUGGUGGAGAGGCAAGCGGGGCUUCCAGGUUGGUUUCUUCCCCAGUGAGUGUGUGGAACUCUUCACAGAGAGGCCAGGUCCUGGCCUAAAGGCAGAUGCUGAUGGUCCCUUGUGUGGCAUCCCAGCUCCCCAGGGUAACUCUUCUCUGACCUCAGCUGUGCCCCGGCCACGUGGGAAGCUGGCUGGUCUCCUCCGCACCUUCAUGCGCUCCCGCCCUUCUCAGCAGCGGCUUCGGCAGCGAGGAAUCCUGCGGCAGAGGGUAUUUGGCUGUGACCUUGGAGAGCACCUCAGCAACUCAGGCCAGGAUGUGCCCCAGGUGCUGCGCUGCUGCUCUGAGUUUAUUGAGGCCCAUGGGGUGGUGGAUGGAAUCUACCGGCUCUCAGGCGUAUCCUCCAACAUCCAGAGGCUACGGCAUGAGUUUGACAGCGAGAGGAUUCCUGAACUGUCUGGCCCUGCCUUCCUGCAGGACAUCCACAGUGUGUCCUCCCUUUGCAAGCUCUACUUCCGAGAGCUGCCAAACCCCUUGCUCACCUAUCAGCUCUAUGGGAAGUUCAGUGAGGCCAUGUCAGUCCCAGGAGAGGAAGAACGCCUGGUGCGAGUCCAUGAUGUCAUCCAGCAGCUGCCCCCGCCACACUACAGGACUUUGGAGUACCUGCUGAGGCACCUGGCCCGCAUGGCAAGACACAGUGCCAACACCAGCAUGCAUGCUCGCAACCUGGCCAUCGUCUGGGCACCAAACCUACUACGGUCCAUGGAGCUGGAAUCAGUGGGGCUGGGGGGCGCGGCAGCCUUCCGGGAGGUCCGUGUGCAGUCAGUGGUGGUGGAAUUCCUGCUCACCCAUGUGGAGGUCCUGUUCAGUGACACCUUCACCUCUGCUGGUCUUGACCCUUUAGGCCGCUGCCUCCUCCCCAGGCCCAAGUCCCUUGCGGGCAGCGGCCCCUCUACUCGUCUGCUGACACUGGAAGAAGCCCAGGCUCGCACCCAGGGCCGGCUGGGGACACCCACUGAGGCCACAACCCCCAAGGCUGCAGCCUCACUUGUGGAAAGGAGGAAAAGGGAGAGAGGGGAGAAACAGCGGAAGCCAGGGGGAAGCAGCUGGAAGACAUUCUUUGCUCUGGGCAGAGGCCCAAGCAUCCCCCGAAAGAAGCCUCUACCCUGGCUGGGGGGCUCCCGCGCCCCACCACAGCCUUCAGGCAGCCGACCUGACACAGUCACAUUGAGAUCUGCCAAGAGCGAAGAGUCUCUGUCAUCACAGGCCAGUGGAGCUGGCCUCCAGAGGCUACAUAGGCUACGGCGACCCCACUCCAGCAGUGAUGCAUUCCCCGUGGGCCCAGCACCUGCUGGCUCCUGUGAGAGUCUGUCUUCCUCUUCGUCCUCCUCCUCCUCCUCAUCUUCUUCUUCUUCAUCAUCGUCUGAGUCCUCAGCGACUGGCCUGGGGCCACUCUCCGGGUCCCCCUCACACCGCACCUCAGCCUGGCUAGAUGAUGGGGAUGAACUGGAUUUCAGCCCACCCCGCUGCCUGGAGGGACUCCGGGGCCUUGACUUUGAUCCCCUUACCUUUCGCUGUAGCAGCCCCACCCCAGGGGACCCCGCACCUCCUGCCAGCCCAGCACCCCCAGCCCCUGCCUCUGCCUUCCCACCCAGGGCAACCCCCAAGGCUCCCUCACCCCGUGGACCCAGCAGCCCUGCUUCGUCCACCGCCCUGGACAUCUCAGAGCCUCUGGCUGUGUCUGUGCCACCUGCUGUCCUAGAACUGCUGGGGGCUGGAGGAACACCUGCCUCCAUCACCCCAACACCAGCUCUCGGCCCUGGCCCAGGCCUGCGUCCCCAUCUCAUCCCCCUGCUGCUGCACGGAUCUGAGGCCCAGCUAAAUGACAUCUACCAACAAGAGAGCAGCAAGCUGGCACUGCCUGGUCCCCGGGCAACCCAAGCCCAGCAUGCUGAUAUGGAUUCGCCAUUGCGGCCCCCACCCCUGUCCCUCCUACGCCCUGGCGGGGCCCCACCCCCACCCCCCAAGAACCCAGCACGCCUCAUGGCCCUGGCACUGGCUGAGCGCGCUCAGCAGGUGGCCGAGCGACAGAGCCAGCAGGAGCAUGCAAGCACCCCGACUGCUCCCCAUUCCCCUUUCCACCGCUCACUGUCCCUAGAGGUGGGUGGGGAACCCGUGGGGACUUCAGGAAGUGGGCCACCCCCUCAUUCCCUAGCCCACUCUAGUGCCUGGGCCCCAGGACCCCCACCCUACCUACCAAGGCAACAAAGUGAUGGGAGCCUGGUGAGGAGCCAGUGGCCUGUGGGAACCUCAAGGAGGGGACUCAGAGGCCCUGCCCAGGUUGGUGCCCAGCUCAGGCCUGGUGGAGGGUGCAGGGAUGCCCCAGAAAUGGCAGCCCAGUCCCCAUGUUCUGUCCCCUCACAGGUUCCUACCCCUGGCAUCUUUUCACCAGCCCAACGGGAGUGCCUGCCACCCUUCCUUGGGGUCCCCAAACCAGGCUUGUACCCUCUUGGCCCCCCAUCCUUUCAGCCCAGCUCCCCAGCCCAAGUCUGGAGAAAUUCCCUGGGCCCCCCUGUACCUCUUGACAGAGGUGACAACCUAUACUAUGAGAUCGGGGCAAGUGAGGGGUCCCCCUACUCGGGCCCCGCUCGGUCCUGGAGUCCCUUUCGCUCCAUGCCCCCUGAUAGGCUCAGUGCCUCACAUGGCAUGCUUGGCCAGUCACCACCACUGCACAGGUCGCCUGACUUACUGCUCAGCUACCCACCACCCCCCUCCUGCCUUCCCCCUGACCACCUUGGCUAUUCAGCCCCCCAGCACCCUGCCCGGCGCCCUACACGGCCUGAGCCCCUGUAUGUCAACCUAGCCCUAGGGCCCAAGGGUCCAUCACCUGCCUCUUCCUGCUCCUCUUCCCCUCCUGCCCACCCCAGGAGCCGUUCAGAUCCUGGUCCCCCAGCCCCACGCCUCCCCCAGAAGCAGCGGGCCCCCUGGGGCUCCCGUACCCCUCACAGGGUACCAGGACCCUGGGGCCCUCCUGAGCCUCUCCUGCUCUACCGGGGAUCCCCACCAGCCUAUGGGAGGGGAGGAGAGCAUUACCGAGGUUCUUUGUAUAGAAAUGGGGGUCAGAGGGGAGAGGGGGCUGGUCCCCCACCCCCUUAUCCCACUCCUACUUGGUCCCUCCACUCCGAGGGCCAGACCCGAAGCUACUGUUGAGCUGGAGCCAAGAAGGGCAUUCUUCCCUUUUGUCCUCACUGGAUCUUUGCCUGACCCCAUCUCUUGUUUUAUAUUUUCUUGACCUCCCAACCCCUACUCCAGGUUUCUAACUUUGUAACUUGCUUCUGAUGUGGGUUCCUAACCUGAAAUCAUAAUGUCCUACCCUGGGCUAAAGGGCAUGUCCAUCCCCCCACUGUCCUCCUUCCUGGGGGCCGUUGCACAAAACUAAGGGAGAACUAGACUGAUACCCUAUCCUCCCUCUCCCUCUGUCCUCCCUCUCCCUCUAGGUGCCCCCAGCCUGUCCUGACCUGUUCAUAGGGGGUGGGGGGCUCCUAUUCAUCUCUCC